AAUUAUCACUCCUUUCUUUUCUUUUCUUUCCUUUCUUUACCACCUUAGCCAUCACUAUUCAAGAAAAACAGUGAAAAAUCUUCUUCCGAGUUUAAUAAGAGGAAAAUCUUGUUGAAGAAUGUCUUCAAAAUCAGAAGCUAGCAAGAUCAGUGUUGAUUGCAAUUCAGACAAGGUAGAGCAUGCUCCAGGGGAGAAUGCUCCUAUUCCUGAUGGAUCUAACCAUGAAGAUCUUUCAAAGCCAAAAGAGAAAUUGAAGAGAAAAAAGAAGCAGAAAAAAUCCUCCUCAAAAGACAAAAAGAAAUUAAAAUUGUCUGAACAUGAAGCUGUUAAGCCAGAGUCCUUGAAUUUCACCUCAGUUGACGAGCCCAAUGAACCAACUGAAUUAGACAAAAGUGAAGUUGGUAAAAAAAGAGGAACUGUCGAAGGAAACAAGAUUUCGGAACCUAUGCUGCUUAGGGAUACCAACUCAGAGGAGAAAAGAAACAUAUCAACUAAUGCUGAAAAUCUUAUAAACCCUUUGUUACAAAUUCAACCACAUGCAACUGAAAUGUGUCGAACAGAAACAGCGUGUGCUGGUGAAGACACCAACAAAACGAGGAAACGUGAGAAGCUUCCUAUAAGAGGGGGGAAAAAACUAUCUUCGAUGAACACACAGAAGGAGCCCUUUGGAAGUUCAGGUUUAGCUUCACCGAGACAAAUUACUAAAGGGAAAGAAAAAGUUACUUCGAUGAACACAGUCCAUAAAAGUUUAGGAUCAGCUGCACCUAUGCAAACUACAAAAGGGAAAGAGAAGGUAUUGAUGAACACAACCCCUAAAUGUUCAGGACCAGCAAUGAAUAAUCUCUUCGACUUUGAGACAAUUAUGCGCAGUAAACUUGCUGCAAUGAAUGCUGCUGCAUCUUGGAAAGAUGUAAAUAUUCGAUCAUCUCCAUUGGAUUGUACUACUCAGGCAAAAAAUACUUUCAACUCUUCAUCCAAUUCAGCGAAUGGUUUAGCUCUAGCUUCUGCACCCAAUUCUGGAAAUAUUGGCUAUAGAAACUCAAGGGCACAUUCAGGGUUUCUAAAUUACAAAGACAUUGAUGAUGAUUGGUCUGAAUUGGAACUUGAGGCUUUAUUGAGUUUUGUUAAAAAGUAUGGUCUAGGUAACUGGAAUGUCAAAUUUGAAGAUCCAGAUUUGCAAAUUAUAAGGAACAAAACUGCUAGAGAAUUAGCUGAAAAGUGGGAAAUGGUAGCUUCUAAAAUGUUACCAUAUCUACCAAACAGCUUCAUGCGUCCAGUGACAGCUGACAGAUCAACACUUGAUGCAUCACAUGGAAAUGGAUUUCACUCAACCGUUAAGCUCCCCACAGUUCAGUUUCCAAGUGCAAAAUUUCCAAUUCAUAGGCCUAGCCCUAGACUUGGCAUUCCUCCCUUUCAAAUUCAUGAGGGUAAUCAAGCUCUCAACUGGGGAAGGAUCAAGCCAUCCUCAAAUGGUAGCUUUGGUCCUUACUUUCAAGGGUCUUCAACGGGAGCUUUUCAUUCCUUGGCUGGUGCUCGUCCAAGGGAACUGAAUCCCAACUUCAACACAAUGAAUGCACAACUUCUGGCUCAAAACUUUAGGCCUACCAGUGUUCAGACACCACAAAUUCCACCCUCAUCUCUCAGUGAAACAACAGUUUCUUCUCCAGCCAAUGUUGGAACUGAAGCUCGGCCUCAGUUGCUGUUUGGCGGUCAAAUCCCUCUUCCGAAUAACUUGAGGCUCAACGAAAAUGCUGGUCAUCAUGACGCUGACAACAGAAAGUGAAAUUCGUAUUGAAGAAGGUGGUAAAGGUUCUUUUCACAAAAACCUGAUCUGCACCUUCACCUGAGAAUUGCAUGUUUAAUAUGAGAAGGUUCUGACUUCAAUUUCCUAAGUGUCUCUUUGUUCUUUAGUUUCCCAAACAUUUGGAAGGUGUGCAGGCUAUAUUUGGUACAAAUUAUAGCAACCGCAGCCUUAGUUCAACUCAUAGUUACUUUAAUCUAUUUCUAUUUCUAAUUGCGUGGUAGUUGUUUCAAUUACAAUAGUGACUAAUUAUUGGA